AUGCCUUCUCCUAUGGUCAAUGCCACGCUGCAAGCAGCAGCGCUGUCGUCAAUCUCGAACAUCCUCGCGCAGGUCAUCGACGCCUAUCGGAGCGGUCGCCCGAUCGCCUUCAACCCCAUUGAAUUCCUCCGCUUCGUCGUCCUGACCUUGAUCACCGCCCCACCCAACUACCUGUGGCAGCAAUUCCUCGAACGUACCUUCCCGGCAUAUCCUGGCCCCGCCGGCCUCUCCCAUGCCCACCGCUCGCCGCGCGUAUCCAACGACGGCGAUGUCGAGAAGCGCGGAGAGGAGGGUCUGCUGCACGUCGAAGAGGAGAAGCCGAAGCUCAACCUCAAACAUACCAUCACGAAAUGGUUCGUUGACUGCAUCACCAUGGGCGCCAUCAUGAACACCGUCGCCUUCCUGGUCAUCAUGGGUCUCAUGAAGGGGCAGUCGAGCGCGCAGAUUGGGGGUAAUAUCAGGACGGAGACGAUCCCGAUCAUCGUUGCCGGCUACAAGAUCUGGCCCAUCGCCUCCAUCAUCAGCUUCAGUUUCAUUCCCGUCGAGAGGCGUAUCGUUUUCCUGAGCGCCGUUGGCCUCUGCUGGGGCAUUUACAUGAGCCUCGUCGCCGCCAGGGUUUAA